UUGACGGUGUUAAAACAAAUUAUAAGGAAAGGAAUAUUAAAUUGUACAUUAGGCAAUUAGCCCAACCCAAGCAAUCAUCUUCCCAUUCAACUAAAGACAAACAACAUCUCAAUCAUCUUCCACACUUUUCCCCCAUAGCUUUUGCUUUCAACAAACUCCACACGCACAUCCCCCUUUUGCUGCAUUUUUCUGUUUCUUCUGCCACACAAAACACAGCUUUUUCUAAACUUUCAGACCCGACUUAGAUCCCCAUCCAUGGCUACCUACAACAACAACAAUGUACUACUACUUAUGAAAACCAUGAAAAUAACCACGUCUGGUUAGAUAGCGAAUAAGCUCUUCAUCUAGUAUUUCAUUGUAGUAUUUCUUUUUCAUCUUCAAAUGAAGCUUUCCAAAUCCAUUCUUAGUCCUAGCCAUGCCCGUCAUGACCCACCACUUACCCUUCCCACUUCACUCAGCCGGAGGCUUAAAGCAAAUGGCAGCAUUAAAGGCGGACAAUCUCCGGCUACCUUUCCUAACACCACCGGAAAGAAACGCGGGUCGGGUUUUGAUAACCCGGAACCUUCAUCUCCUAAGGUAACUUGUAUUGGUCAGGUGAAAAUGAAGACGAAGAAGAAAGUUAGGCAAACACGGAAUUUGUCUAAUAGAAGGAGUGAUAUAAGUUUCAGGAAAUUAGAAGAAGAAAGGGGAUAUUUGAUUCAGAAUCAAAGGAGUUCUAGUGUGCAUUUACAGACACAAGAUCAAUGUGCGGCUGUGGUGCAUAGAAAUCAGAGAUGGGUACAUUUGCCAUUGACGAUAUAUGAAGCUUUGAGGGAAUUUAGCUGUUUGUUUCCAUGUCGUUCGUCGUGUUUCUCAACGAAUGAGAAAGGAAACAAAGAGAAUAAAGUUAACGGAUCUAGAGAAGUUGGUGACAAUAAUAAUGGACAGAGGAAUUGUGGGGAUGUUGUUGCUAGAUGGUUAGUUGCACUGCAAGAUGGUGAAACAGAAGAAAACACGAGAGAGAUUGAAUUGAUGGUCACUAACAAUGGGAAGGAAGAAGAAGAGAAUGAGGAGAAAAUGGAGGAAAUGCAAAGUAGAAUGAGAAGUUCAAGAAGGCAUGUGUUUGAAGGUAUUGAGUUUAAGGAUCAUAUUGAGAGUGUUGAAAUGAAGGAAGAGAAAGCUAGAGUUAGCAUUUGCAUUCCUCCUAAGAAUGCUUUACUUCUAAUGAGAUGUCGAUCUGAUCCUAUGAAAAUGACGGAUAUUACUAAUCGAUUCUGGGAAUCACCUACUCGGAAAGAAACUAAUGAAGAAGUUGAUACGGGUGUGGAAGAACUAGUAGAUACAGAAAACAUUGAAUGCAAAGUAGAAACUAGUGUUUCUGUAGAUCUUGUGGAAAAUGAAGAGAACCCAGAAGCAGUAGUAGAGAUCAUGGAAAUGGAAACAGAAAGUAGUCAGGAUGAAGAAAAGUUGAAAUGCGAUGAAUCAACGCCAGAAACAGAGGGACGAGAUGGAGAAGAGAGUGAAAUAAAGGCACUUGUAGCAGCAGCAGAAGUAAACUCCAUUGAACAAGUACCUGAAUCAAUUGUAGAUCAAACAAAUGAAGAAAUCAGCAUUCAGAGCUUUUCAUCUUUUUCAGAAAAUGAAGAACAUGCUAUAUUGGAAGAAGACGAAGAAGAUGAGAGAUUCAAAUCAAUUAUUAAGAAGGUAAUCGAAGAAACACUCUUGUUGGAACACAUUGAUAGAGAAGAUGUAAAACAAACCCAUCAUAACGAAGAAGCAAAAUUUGAUGCAGCAUUUUCAGACCCAGAAAAGAAUAAAAUCGAAAAAGAAGAACAGAACGAAUCGAUUUUGCCAGAUUGCUUGCUACUAAUGAUGUGCGAACCCAAACUAUCCAUGGAGGUUUCCAAAGAAACAUGGGUAUGCAGCACCACUGAACUGAAACAAGCUAAAACAGUGAAGAAGAAAAAAGAAAUCCCCGAGGAUCCAAAGAGAAGACGCAGCAUUGACAAGAGUAAACAACACCUCCUACAACCACCAAGGUCAUCGUGUUCUUUCCCGGCGACCGGUGUUCCGCCAGCGAUGUCGUCCAUGGCGACGAUGAUAGAGCAGAAACUGGUUAAUGCAGUGGCUUACGAGCCGUUCGUGUUGACGAGGUGCAAAUCGGAGCCGAUGAGGUCGGCGGCAACGGCGACGGCGGUUAAGCUUGCGCCGGAGACUUGUUUCUGGAAAAAUAUGAAGAUUGAGCCGCAUCGACGGGCUACAUUUGGGUUCGGGGCGGCUGGAGUCGGGUUUUGAGCUGACCCGAAUUGUUCAAGAUUUACACUGUGAUCAGUUGUACUUUGCUGAGGUUGUACAUUUUAUUUAAACCUUUUAUCAUGAAUGAAUUUAUUUAGUUGUAGAAGCAGUAUUCCUUUUUCAGUUUUAAAAUUUUGAGCAUUUCAGGAUUUAAUUCAAGAUUAUUCCAUUAUGUCUUUUUGUAAAAAAAAAAAAAAAAAAAAGAAUUGCUUGUAAUUUUAUUAGUUCUAAGAAAUUAUUUUCCAAAGUUUAUGCUUUGAUUAAUGCAGCAGCUUGUUUGGAUGGUUGUUACAUAUUGUAUUAUGAUGCGUUGUUAAUUUAAAUACAAUAUUUGGAUGGUUA